AUGAGAUUAGAAUCCCAAAUUCAAUUUGUGCUUACUUCUGUAUGGUAUGAGAAUGGCAUUAAGAAGGUAUAUGAGCUCUUCCCUGAUGCAUUCACGCCCAGAUCGAGAUCGAAGGCUCCAGAAGCCAAGAUUAAGAAGGUUGAGAGAUCUGUCGUGGCACCAUCACCACCAAGCUCGUCCACAACCUUGAUUGCUGGUAUUCCGUUGCAAGAUUGGUUGGCGCUUAAGCAAGGAGAUCCAGAAACUGCCCAGGAAUUGAUGGAGAAUUGGAAGGCUGCGCAAGCAGAGAAAAAAGCCGAAGAGGCAAAGGCAAAGGCAAAGGCAAAGAAAGAGGCUGAAGAAGCAGAGGCCAAGGCAAAGAGAGAGGCUGAAGAGUCGAAGGCUAAGCCGAAGUCAGAUUCUACCGCCAAGAAAGAAGGUUCGGAAUCAGAUGUUGAUUUGUCGCACCUGCUCGACAACAGAGAGACCUCAGCGUACGCGCCCGGUGGAGCAUGGAGAAAUAGAUUGCAGCCAAGUCAAGAUAGAAAGGGUUCUAAGUCGCAAGAUUCGAAUCAGAAGAAAGGUUCCAACCCUCAAAGUAAAGAUGAGAGAGAGAGCAAGCAACCAUGGAAGAAAUACAAGCAUUGGGACAAUGUUCCAGCAGAAUACAAGCGAGCUCUCAACGCAGCAUACCAAUUUUUGGAGCUUUGGGCUCAAUUGAAUAAUCGCCCCGAGACGAGAACAGCUUUGGAGUUUCUCAACAUUUUGUUGAAAGAUCCAGAGCAAGUACCUCAAGAUGGUCCUUUGAAGGAAUUCCUUCUGAAGACCAAGAGAAUUUUGAACAGCCCGAAUCACGUUUCGAAUUUUUUGAAAACUUCUGGUGGCAAUUCGAGUUGGGCAGGAUUUUCUAACAGCGGCCCAAUGUCAGGUGGAGGACUUCCCUCGACUGAUUUAAAGGGAGUUCAGAGCCGACUCGAGCCAUUGCGCAGUGUUGGCGAUAACCUCGGAAGCUCUGAGGAUGAGAUUCAGAUUGCCAAGUUGACUACUGACAUGGAAGCAAUUUUGCUGGCUAACGAGGUCACGGAAGAGGAGAUGCUAGAUCCUAAUGGACCUAUGCAGAAUGAAUCCAAAGCUCGCGUUAAUUGGAUCAAUUGGCGUAAUCAGAGAGAGGCUUUGGUCAAGAAGAGAAAGACAAUCUCUGCUGUUUACAAGGGAGGUGUCAAUGUCAAUGCAGUGACAUUCGGUGAUCCAAAUCCGUUUGUUUUACUUGCAAAGAAGGAAUCGAAGGAGGAAUUGAAGAAGGGAUUGGAGAAGGAAGGUCCUUCAUCUCCUGCUGAAGCAGAGAGUGAAGAGACAUCAAAGACUAUUACUGAGGGGGGUGAAGAUGCUGGUGGCGACACCUCGGUAGAUUAA